GUCGGUGGAUUCCCGGAUUUUUGAUACAACUCCCAGGCCCAACUUGACUUAUCUCUACAAAACUUUCCUGCAACCACCCCUAUCGCCAUUUCUCGUCUCUUUUAGUUUCUGUCUUCAACGCCCGCCUCUUUCCAGACACAGAAAGACUCAGCUUCUAAGCAGAUUACUGAAUCAUCGAAAAUGGACGGCGGUGAUGCAUACGGUGUAUUGGAGUCGCAGUACAUACGGAGGCACCAUAGGCACCAGCCCAGAGAGAAUCAGUGUACUUCUGCCUUGGUCAAGCACAUCAAGGCACCUGUCCAUCUCGUGUGGUCUCUGGUGAGGAGAUUUGAUCAGCCUCAAAGGUACAAGCCAUUUAUUAGCAGGUGUGUUGUGAACGGUGACCUUGGGAUCGGAAGUGUGAGAGAAGUCAACGUCAAGUCCGGCCUUCCUGCUACCACGAGCAGGGAGAGGUUGGAAUUCCUUGAUGACGAGGAGCACAUCCUUGGCAUCAAGAUUGUUGGUGGUGAUCACAGGCUAAAGAAUUACUCUUCCAUCAUUACAGUCCACCCAGAGAUAAUCGAUGAAAGACCAGGGACGAUGGUGAUUGAGUCCUUUGUGGUAGAUGUGCCUGAAGGGAACACAAGGGAAGAGACCUGUUACUUCACGUCCACACUGAUUGCGUGUAAUCUGAAAUCACUGGCCGAUGUCUCCGAGAGGAUGGCUGUGCAGGACAGGGCAGAACCCAUCAACGGAUUCUGAGCGUUGAGGAUAGGGAGGACUGUGGUAGUGGUGGUCUGGUUGCACACUUGUAUGCAUUUGAGGGUUGUAGGUCCUGGAAACUGUGUAGAAAUUGGUGUAGAAGAAGCCAGUAGUCAUCAGAAGUUUUGAAUGCAGUUUUGGCUGGUGGAGGGACCCUAUCAAGUCGUUGUUUCAUGCUUUGUUUUCUUCUCGUUUGUUUUCUUGCUCAACAGUGAUCCUGGGAUUUCGAAUCAUUUAAAACCUGCCUGUCCUCCCCUCAUCUUUUUUGCCCCAUCUUUUAUAGAAUGAGGUUAUUAGGGAAGGUCCCAAAAGAAAUUCAUUGGGUAUGAAAGGAUUAAUGGUUUCUCGUUGUUAUAUUUGCGGGGUUGGUUCAUGGAGCUACGAUGGAUGUUUUCUUUGACCAUAUCUGUAAAUAUUCAUGACAUGUAUGGAACAAUAUGUGGAUUUGGGGUUCAUCUCAUACGUGCACUGAUGUGUUGUUUCUUUACAAAAAUGUCCCUUGACUACA